AUGGAGUACCUCGGCUCUCGUGAAAACUCGUCCUUCUCUGACAGUGUGGCCAAGCCAGAGCUCCUCUCUCGGACUGGUUACACAAUACUGGCCGUCAUCAUGGGCAUCUUCUCUGUUUUGGGGGUCAUCCUCAACAGCCUGGUGAUUGUGGUGACAGUGAAACACAAACAGCUGAGGCAGCCACUCAGCUAUGCCUUGGUCAACUUGGCCGUGUGUGACCUGGGCUGCGCUAUGUUUGGAGGGCUGCCCACCACUGUGACCAACGCCAUGAGAUACACCAGCCUUGGGCGUGUGGAAUGCGUGUUAGAGGGCUUUGCGGUGGCCUUUUUUGGAAUAGCAAGUCUGUGUACAAUAGGGGUCAUUUCUGUGGAGCGCUACAUAGUGGUGUGCUAUCCUUUGGCCCUCUUCCAAACCAGGCAUGCCAUCGCUGGAGUGGUGCUGUCUUGGGUGUGGUCCUUUGUGUGGAACACUCCGCCUCUGUUUGGUUGGGGGAGUUAUGAGCUAGAGAGCGUCAAAACCUCCUGUGCCCCCAAUUGGUAUAGCCGGGAUGCAGGCAACAUGUCAUACAUAAUCAUCUACUUUUGUCUCUGCUUUGCCGUGCCCUUCUCCAUCAUCAUGGUGUCCUACACGCGACUGCUGUGGACACUCCGGCAGGUAAGCAAGCUGCAGGUAACUGAAGGCAGCAGCACACAUCGCGUGAAGGUGCAGGUGGCACGUAUGGUUGUCGCCAUGGUGUUGGCCUUCCUGGUGACCUGGCUGCCGUAUGCUAGCAUGGCUCUGGCUGUCAUCAUAGACUCCACACUGCAAAUUGACCCUUGGAUUGCAACCAUACCGGUCUACUUUGCAAAAAGCAGCACUGUCUACAACCCCAUUAUUUACGUUUUCAUGAACAGACAGUUCCGAUCAUAUGCUGUCCCCACUAUCCUGUGUGGAUGGAACCCAUGGGCCUCAGAAGCAGAAAUAUCUGAAUGCGACACAAUGGUUGCGUCCAUGAACAGAAUCCAAAAGGUGUCAUCCAAGGGAUCUCUGAAAGAAUAAAAAAGUACUAGAC